AACUGUAUCCGCGAAGAUAACCUGAAGUGCUUCUCCUGGAAGGACCUUCCCCGAAGGGCAUCCAUGCGGGAGAACUGACGAACUUCCGGGUCGCGGUUGUUGUAAAGAGUGUGCCAGACACUAACCGGAAGAGGCGAAGCCUUUCUAUUCAUCCGCGACCCCUGGUCACCCUUCGUGAAGGAUAUGAUGAUUCUCCUUCCCCGAGGCUAUCCAUCUAAACGCUAUCCGGAAAUCUGGAUAACAGAUGACUUUGCAUCACCGCUUCAACUUGAAGCCACAAAUCUUGAAUCUUUGGUAGUGCAUAGAUAUAUCUUCGAAGGCACAAAUCUUUCUGCAUGCAAGGCAAUUAGAAAUCUCUCGCUAACUUUUGAUUGGAGUAUUAGAAAAUUGGAAGACCCGUCUUUGCCAUUAGAAGAUGUCAUUUCAAACCUCCCACUCCUUGAGAGUCUGACUCUAGAAGAAUGCGCUAGAGUGAAUUUGAAGCAGAAUAAAAUCUCGAAUCAGCAGUUGAAAAGUUUAAAUUUGAAGAAUAUGUAUGCUGAUCGUGAUUAUGGAAUGACAGUUAUAGUUGAAUCAGCUCCAAAAUUAGCAUCCUUUUCUUAUGAAGGUAAUAUCAAAUUUGGCAUAUCAAUGGAGUCAUUUAAUUCGUUGGAUGGAAAAUUCGUCAUUCAUAAUCUGCGCGAGAAUUGUGAUGCAAAUGAGUUUAUCAGUAUGAUGAAUUUUCUUCUAAAUCUCAAUUGCUCUUGGAGUAUAAUAACCCUACAUGUUCUCUCAGAUAAGGUUCUCAUUGUGCCAGAAAAUUUGAAGAGGAUGUGUCCUUUUUCUUCGCUUAAUUGGAAGCAUCUCAGAGUUAAAACUGAUAGGAAGCCAGAGAGUGAAUCAAAGUUGAAAGAAUCCUUAAUGUGGAUUUCACCCACUUUAGAAACAUUAUGUAUUAAUGAAAAGGAACUAUUUUAGUUGUUAAGGGUAAUUAUGAGCCGGAAUGAUGGUCUUUUUUUUUUUUUCUUUCUAUUUUGCUAAUUGUUACUUUAGUUCUUUUGAGAUUGUAAUUAUUACUUUAUCAGCAGCUUAGUUUAAUAUGAAUGGAUUUUACUACUUUGCAUAAGAA